AAUGAACGGACCGGAUCAAAAAGGAACUUUCUUACCCUGGACCGCCGUCCACCUUAUUCCGUCUUCCACCAAGAACCAGAAAAUAUAAUAUACAAAGGAGAAAGGGGGUGGCUGCUCAUAACUCAAGCUGUUAUUCAAAUCACUCUAUUCGUUAAUCAAAUUCACCUUCCAAUUGUAUUCCAAAAUGGCGAUGGCGAAUUUGGCCAGACGAAAGGCGAUCAAUCUGUUCAACAACACCGUCUCUUCAGAUGCCGCAAGGUAUUCCUUCGCUCUUUCAUCUACUUUCACAAGAGGAUUCGCAUCAGGAUCCGAUGAGAACGAUGUCGUUGUCAUCGGAGGAGGUCCCGGAGGUUACGUCGCCGCGAUUAAGGCUGCUCAGUUAGGGCUUAAAACUACCUGUAUUGAGAAGCGUGGUGCUCUUGGUGGUACUUGCCUCAAUGUCGGCUGUAUUCCUUCUAAGGCCCUUCUUCAUUCUUCUCACAUGUACCACGAAGCCAAGACCAGUUUCGCAAAACAUGGUGUCAAAUUCGACAACGUGGAAAUCGAUCUUCCCGCCAUGAUGGGCCAAAAAGACAAAGCCAUUUCCAACUUAACAAAAGGAAUCGAAGGCCUUUUCAAGAAAAACAAAGUCACAUACGUAAAAGGUUCCGGAAAGUUCUUAUCCCCUUCCGAAAUCUCAGUCGACACAAUCGACGGCGGAAACACAGUCGUCAAAGGUAAAAACAUCAUAAUCGCCACCGGUUCCGAUGUCAAAGGCCUCCCCGGAAUCACAAUCGAUGAGAAAAGAAUCGUCUCAUCAACCGGAGCCUUAGCCCUAACCGAAAUCCCAAAGAAAUUGAUCGUAAUCGGAGCCGGUUACAUCGGAUUGGAAAUGGGGUCCGUGUGGGGCCGCCUUGGUUCCGAAGUAACCGUGGUGGAAUUCGCCCCGGAUAUCGUCCCUUCAAUGGACGGUGAAAUCCGUAAACAAUUCCAAAGAAUUCUCGAAAAACAAAAAAUGAAAUUCAUGUUGAAAACAAAAGUUGUUGCGGUCGAUACUUCAACCGAUAUAGUCAAACUAACCGUCGAACCGUCAUCUGGCGGUGAACAAACCGUCCUCGAAGCCGAUGUCGUUCUCGUUUCCGCCGGUCGGAUUCCAUUCACCUCCGGACUCGGCCUCGAAACGAUCGGAAUCGAAACCGAUAAAAUCGGACGGAUUCCGGUCGACAAACGGUUUACCACAAAUGUAAAAGGCGUGUUUGCAAUCGGAGAUGUGAUUCCGGGCCCAAUGCUGGCCCACAAAGCGGAAGAGGACGGAGUUGCGUGUGUGGAGUUUAUCGCGGGAAAAGAAGGACAUGUGGAUUACGAUAAGGUUCCGGGUGUUUGUUACACCCAUCCUGAGGUGGCGUCUGUUGGGAAAACGGAGGAACAGGUUAAGGAGUCUGGGGUGGCGUACAGGGUAGGAAAGUUUCCAAUGUUGGCAAACAGUAGGGCGAAGUCGAUUGAUGAUGCGGAUGGGUUGGUGAAGAUUAUAGCUGAAAAGGAAACGGAUAAGGUUUUGGGUGUUCAUAUCAUGUGUUCAAAUGCAGGUGAGCUUAUCCAUGAGGCGGCUUUAGCGUUGUCGUAUGAUGCUUCAAGUGAGGAUAUUGCACGCACGUGUCAUGCACAUCCGACAUUGAGUGAGGCUGUUAAGGAGGCUGCUAUGGCCACUUAUGAUAAAGCCAUUCAUAUUUAGGCAAAAUGUGAUGUGGGUUGGGUUUUGUUUUGAAUACAUUUGUAGCUGCUUCGUGUGGAAGUGGUUGAAGAUACAUUCGACAGUUUUUUUUGUUUUUCUUUCUUUCUAAUUUCGAUAACUGCAGUUUGAUAUGGUUUAAUAAUGAUGGAUUUGUGUAAGAGGUAUAGAUUGUUGUGUUUUUUAUGUGUUGACUGCACAUUUACAUGAAUAUACCCUUUGGGGGGAGAAUGAGAUGUGUUUCCCAUGGUGGGAAUCAA